GCAUAUCCAGCUUUGUGUAUAGUUGAGUAUUUGUGAAGGAAAAUAUGAGCCGAGGAGGAAGUUACGGCGGUGGGAAAAGUUCACUUGGCUACUUGUUUGGUUCAGAUGAGCAGCCAAACGAAACUCGAGCCCCACCACCAGUUGUCAAGGCACCCUGGGGUGAUGACAACAGCACCAACACACCCCAAGACAAUCCUUCAAAGAAACUAAACGUCUCAAACAAUUAUCACAGAGCUCAGGGCCAGAAUUCAGGCAACUUCCUCACUGAUCGUCCAACAACAAAGGUUCAGUCAGCUCCUGGGGGAGAAUCAUCUGUUGGGUACUUGUUUGGAGACAAGUGAUCAUUGAUGCUAUGCUUCGUCCUUCCUACUCUAAAAUAUGUGAUUAAGGUUUGCAGUUGAUCCCAUGAAUAAGGGUUUUGUGUGUUCCCAUAAAGCAGCUGUGUGUCCAAAUCGUAAAGCUAGUGUGAUUGUGAAUAUAGACAAUGAAGUGUGGUAUUGGGUAACAAGUUAUAUCUAGCUUUGUACUUUUAAUCAUUGGAAGAAAGUGGCUGUAUCAUAUAAAGUUCUUGAAUUUAUUACUUUUUAAAUCGUGGGUCAUUGAUAUUC